UUCUGUUUAUGUGAAUUAAAGCUGGGAAUGGCAAGUGCACUAGAGACCCUAUGUGGGCAAGCCUUCGGGGCCAAAAAGUACCACAUGUUAGGCACAUACAUGCAAAGAUCAUGGAUUAUUCUAUUCCUCUGCUGUUUCCUUUUAUUACCACUAUACAUAUUCGCAACCCCGGUUCUCAAGCUCCUCGGACAGCCGGACGACGUGGCGGAGAUGGCGGGACUGGUGGCUGUGUGGAUGAUUCCGUUACACUUCAGCUUUGCAUUCACGUUCCCAAUACAGAGAUUCCUGCAGAGUCAACUGAGGACCGGGGUGCUGGCGUGGGUGUCAUUGGUGGUGCUGGUGAUUCACGUGGUGGUUAGUUGGCUAUUUGUAUAUGUGCUCGAUUUCGGGGUGGUCGGAGCCGCCGUGACGUUGGAUGUGUCGUGGUGGUUGCUGUUUGCGGGAAUGUUUGGGUAUACUGUGAGGGGUGGAUGUCCUGAUACUUGGAGUGGUUUCUCAAUGCAAGCGUUUGCUGGGCUUUGGGAGUUUGUGAAGCUCUCUGCUGCUUCUGGUGUCAUGCUUUGCUUGGAGAAUUGGUACUAUAGAAUUCUGAUAUUGAUGACUGGGAAUCUAGAAAAUUCUACCAUUGCGGUGGAUGCUUUGUCUGUCUGCAUGAGCAUUAAUGGGUGGGAAUUGAUGAUUCCUCUAGCUUUCUUUGCUGCAACAGGUGUAAGGGUUGCAAAUGAGCUAGGCGCAGGAAACGGGAAGGCGGCGAAAUUCGCAUCAAUAGUAUCGGUGGUGCAGUCAACGAUCAUCGGUCUCAUCUUCUGCGCGCUGAUAAUGAUCUUUCAUCACCAGAUUGCAUUGAUCUUUACAUCGAGCUCUGUCGUCCUAGAUGCGGUCGAUGACCUCUCCGUGCUCCUCGCAGUCACCAUUCUUCUCAACAGCAUUCAACCAGUUCUAUCCGGGGUGGCCGUUGGAUCAGGAUGGCAGUCCAAGGUUGCAUACAUAAAUUUAGGAUGCUACUACAUUGUUGGGGUUCCUCUUGGUAUAGUUUUUGGAUGGGUAUUUGAUUGGGGUGUUGAGGGCAUUUGGGGAGGGAUGAUCUUUGGUGGAACGGCUGUCCAAACAGUAAUAUUGGCCAUCAUAACAAUGCGAUGCGAUUGGGAAAAUGAGGCCAAGAAGGCUACUGCUCAUGUUCAAAAGUGGACGAGUCCCAAUCCAGAUAAUACUGAUGAAUCAUAGUUUAAGUACGUCAAUUCAUUCUUAAGCUCAUUGCAUUUUUGGAUUUGGACAAAUCAGGGUGGUUUGGUCCACUUUCAUGUUUCAGAUUGACCCUGAAAGAUUAGUUUGAGAGAGGGAGAGAAGCUAUAGAGUGAGAGAGAGACUCUGAAAUGUUUGUAUUAUGUUGUGUGAUUUACAAAGAGAUGAAGGCUCUCUUUAUAGAGAGAGAAAGGGGCAUUGGAUACCACCAUUAUCACCGAAAGCAAACACUAUACAAUUAAUAAUAUAAAGUUAGUCUA